AUUUUCCUUUCCAGAGGCCCCGCUGAGGAAAUCACCUACGAGACCCUGAAAAAGGCCAUUGCCGACAGCGUGGCCGCGGAGGAGCAGGAGCGGGAGCGGCGGCGGCUGCUGGUGCAGAGGUUCCAGAAGGCGCCGUUCGAGGAGAUCGCGGCGCACUGCGGGGCCAGGGCGUCGCUGCUGCAGAGCAAACUGAACCAGAUCCUGCACAUGAGCGUCAGGCCUCCCCCGAGUCCCUCCGGGGCCGUCCCGGCCGUGCUGGGCCCAUCCCAAUCCCCACAAUCCCAACAAUCCCAACAAUCCCAAUCCCAACAAUCCCAAUCCCAAUCCCAAUCCCAGCCCCCCCACUCCAUCCCGGUGUAUGAGAUGAAAUUCCCGGAUCUCUGCGUCUACUGA